AUGGGAACAAUCAGAUUCCUGAAAUACGACGUAUCACCAUUAGAAUACGGAAUUCACCUGAAUUUCUACUUCAUGCUAGCAAUACAUGAGCUAUGUCACGGGAUAUACAGGCGGAUUGUAGACCAGUUCUACCUAUUUGAUACGGUGAUAGGCGCAUUGGUGCUAUCUGCGUACUACAAGUUGACCAGAUUCCCAUUUCUAGAAGAAUACCAAAGAACAACCUGGCUCAGACAGAACAUCGAGGGAAUCUACUCGAUUGUCCCAUUCUUCGCAUUCUACCUGAUUGUAGCCGACUUUGGCCGCUACUACGAGAAGAGACGAUUCAAAGGACUCAUCAUCUACGUCAAUACAGCCAUAGUUAUGCUUAUUUAUGCAUACAUGCGCAUAACAGCAGAACACAAACAAAUUUCCAAGAAGGAGCUGCUGAAUCUGCUUCAUGAAACCAGAAACAACCUCGUCAGCCGCAGAUCCACGAACGUGUUCUACGUCCUCUGGUCACUGGUGAUUUCCUACGUCUCCUUUGCCACGAGUUACACAGUCUGCCGCCUCUCUCCCCAUUCUGUCCACCUGAACACGAUGGUCACCUUCGUCUCAAGAAACAUGCUGAUUGUCUUCCUGGCUGGCAACAUUGGAAUCAUCGUCUCCAAAUCCACUGGUCUCUGUCCCCAUCCCCUUGCAGCCAACAUCAUCUACUUGUUCUCUAUCUUCAUGCUUCUUGGAUGGAUUAGAACAAGAAUCAUAAGAAGGUGA